AUGAUUGGUCCUAUCAGAGGCCUACGUACUCCUAUUUCCUGGGUGGCGUUAUUAACCGAGGCAUCUGUGAAGCAGUACAAUCAUGUGCCUCUGCGUGUGUUUGUGGACAGCUGUGUGGCCACUCAAGUACCUGAUGUGAACUCUCUUCCGAGAUAUUCCUUCAUUGAGAAUUAUGGGUGCUUUGUGGAUGCCAAAACUACAGCUUCCAGCUCCCGCUUCAUGCCUCGGUCCCAGGUUGACAAGAUCCAGUUCCAGCUGGAGGCGUUUAUGUUCCAGGAGGGCAACAGUCCUUCUAUCUACAUAACGUGUAUUCUGAAGGCAACUAUUGCUUCACCCAGUGAUGCUCAGCGCAAAUCCUGUUCCUUUGCCAAUGGGUGGUUUGCUGCUGAUGGUAAUGACCAAGUUUGUGGUUGCUGUGACUCAACAUGUGGUCCUGAUGGUGAAUUUGCUGCUUCUCCCUAUGGAGGCAUUCAGUGGGAAGGCAAGGCCUCACUUGGUCCUGUAAUGGUUCAAGGGCAAAAGAGAGCUCAAUAAAACCGCCAGAUCAAUCCUCG